AUGGUACUGUUUAAAAUCAUAGAAACAGUACUGACUAUAGUGUUGCUUUCAGUAGCGACGGGGGCAAUCUACAGGCUCUACUUCCAUCCAUUAAGACACAUUCCCGGACCCAAGCUUGCAGCACUUACCUGGUGGUAUGAAUUUUAUUUUGAUGUUAUUCAACCAGGGCAAUAUGUCUUUCAAAUCAAGAAGCUUCAUCAAUCAUACGGUCCAAUCAUUCGCAUCACCCCAGACGAACUUCAUGUCAAUGAUGUUGGAUUUCUUGAUACAAUCUACGCACCCUCAACGUCCCGAAGGGAUAAGUAUGCUCGAAAUAUGAAGCAGCUUCGGGUUCCUGGAGGCAUUGGCUCUACGGUAUCUUUCGAUCUCCACAAGAAGCGCCGCGAAGCUUUGGCUCCGUUCUUCAGUAAAAGAAAUGUUCUCUACUUGGAGCCAUUGAUUACUGGAAAGGUCCAACAGCUCUGCAAUUUGAUUGCCGUCUCAAAUGCUCAUACCUUCAUGCUCACCAAAUAUAGUAUGGCCGAGAACUUUUUAUUUGCCCAUGAAUUCAACAACCUUGCAGAUGAGAAAAAGGCUGCGUUACUUUGUCGUAAUACCUAUCAGCUGUUGAGAGGUGUCCACAGAAACAAACAUUUGCCAUGGAUUCCUGAUAUUCUCGAGAAACUCCCGCCAUCCAUAACCAAGCCAAUGAUGCCGCCUGGACUGGUUGACAUGUUCGCUUUAUUCGCAAGAGUCCGUGCCGAGCUAGUAGCCAUCAUAGCAGCCAAAGCCUCUGGAAAUACCAACAAAUCACUGGGUCCAACAGGAAAAGAAUCGGUAUAUGACUCUGUCUUAGACAAUGCUAGCUUGCCAGAAUCAGAGAAAUCGCUACCGCGCCUCCAAAACGAAGGAGCACUUCUCGUACUCGCCGGUACCGAAUCCCCCGCCAAGACAUUGAGUAUCGUAUUUUACAACCUCAUCACGCACCCCCUGAUUCUCGCUCAACUUCGUAAGGAGCUCAGCACCCUCCUCACCAAUGCAACAUGGACUCAACUCGAGCAGCUCCCCUAUCUGUCUGCUAUUAUUGGGGAAGGAAACCGACUGGCUUUUGGUGUCACUGCUCGCACAGCUCGGAUUUCCUAUGAACCACUCACAUAUACUCCAUCUCAAUACGCGAGUAAUCCUUUAAAAUUCAGCAGAAGCUAUAUUAUUCCAGGAGGCACACCAGUUAGUACAACGACUCUUAGUGCGCAUACGGCCGAGAGUGUAUUUCCGGACCCUUUCAUUUUCAAACCAGAACGAUGGUUAGGAGAAGAUGGUCGCCUGCUCCGGAAAUUUCGGACGGCGUUUGGAAAAGGGGGACGCAAGUGUUUGGGUAUUGAACUGGCACGUACGGAAUUGUUGUUGGCGACGGCGGCGUUGGUAAGAAAAUUCGAGUUGAAGCUGUGGAAUACGGAUGAGCGUGAGGUGGCUUUCGUGCAUGAUUAUCAGGUGGCGCAUUCGAAUCUUGACUCGAAAGGAAUCAGGGUUAUGGUAGAUAUACUUUGA